AUGCCGGCCUCGACUGGUGCUGGGGCUAGCACUUUCAUGGUGCAGUUGCUGAACCUUUCCUCAGGGGAGCAGUUUUCUUUCCCUGCACAUCGAUGGCUGGCUCAGGACCGGGUUGAUGGGGAAAUACCUGUGGAGCUUCCUGUUUUACAGCAGGGUCAGCCUAUCCUUCCAGUGACUGUCUAUGAAGUCCAUGUGACAACAGGAGACCUGUGGAAUGCUGGAACUGAGGCUGAUGUCUAUAUUUCUAUCUAUGGAGAAAGAGGUGAUACAGGUUCAAGACAGCUGCUCAGGUCACAGAAAUCCAAGAAAUUUUUAAAAGGACAAACUGACAUCUUUGCUGUUGAAGCUGUGCACCUUGGACAUUUGUACAAGAUUGUUAUAGGACACAAUGGUCUUGGAUCAGGAAAUGGAUGGUUUCUGGACAAAGUUGUAAUCAAGGAUCCCAUAACAGAUUUGGAUUAUACUUUUCUAUGUCACAGGUGGCUGGAUCAGGGGCAGGAUGAUGGCAAUAUUGCUAGAGAACUGGCUGUGACAGAUGCCAGCACACUUCCAGGAAGUUUUUUUGAUGUAAAUGUCAAAAGGAGAAAUAUCUAUAUGUUCAGCAGUCAUCAGAUGCCAUGUCUUGCUCUCGCUCUUGUCAAUGGCAAUGUAACUGGAAAGAGUAAAGACAAGGCGUGCUGUAAGCUCCGUGUUCACCUUCAACCAAAUGGUUGUGCCAUUCUUGAGUCAGCCAGCUACCCAGGUCACAUUGUGACUUUCAAUCUUCAAGGUGAAGUAGCUGAUGAAACAACAGGAUAUGCUGGGAUUUCCAAAGAGUUUGUUGUGCAUGUCAAGGGUGUGUUUCAUCAUGGUGCCAUUAUUCUGCUCAACACAAGUCUCUGCCAGGCUCUUUCCCUUAGACCUGAUGGUAGCUGCAGUGGAGCAGGUCAGAAGCAGCAGGAAUCCUACUGGAAGGUGCAUAAAAUUGGCUCUGGACUCUGCAUGUUUGAAAGUGUGAGAAAACCAAGAAUGUAUCUGAAGAUCAAAGAUGACCGGUGUGAUGGAACAGGCACAGGUGAUGAAUACUGUCACUUUAAAGUUGAGAAGAAUUUGGAAACUGGAUCUAUAAGUCUAGAAUCAGUGCAAAAUAAAGGGAUAUAUGUUGGUCUCCUGCCAGAUGGCCAGACUAAACCAGUCGUUAACACUGGAGAGAGAAAUAUUUUUUUCUACCCACAGGUCAUCAAAUUUGGCCGGGAAGAACCUAUGGGAACCUCUGCAGCACCCAAUCAAGAGAAGAAAGACUUCAGAGAAUCUCGAUUCCAACCAGGAAAAGCCCAGAAGCUGGUAUCUCAAAGCCCUUCAACUCCCCCAUUCUCCAAGGAAAUGAGAAAUCCCCAAGGUGGUGAGCGUUCUCUUCCUUCAGAUGAUGAAUGGAAAGUGUCAAUACUGACAGGAAAUGCAGGAACUGAAGCGAAUGUUGCUCUCUGGAUAUAUGGACACAGAGGAGUAGCUGGACCAAUAACUCUUGGCGAGGACAACAGGAAGCAGCUGUUUCUUCCCAGGCAGGAAGAUGAAUUUCAGGUUGAAAUAAAAAGCAUUGGGAAAAUCUACAAGAUAAGAAUUGAAAUUGUUGGAUUACCAAAUGAACAACCAGAGUGGAACUUACAAAGGGUGACACUACAACAUCUAAAGAGCAAGAAAACACUGAAUUUUCCAGCAAACACACGGUUAUCAAAGAAUUGUGAUGGUAGAGGACUUCUCUGUGAACUUCCAGUAGUGGAAGCUGGAAAACCUAUCUAUCCAAUUGUUUUAUACCAUGUUUAUGUCUACACUGGUGACUUGGAGCAUGCUGAUACAGAUUCUGCAGUUUAUUUGUGUAUCUAUGGAAAAAGGGGAGAUUCUGGUCUAAGACUUCUGCAUAAAACUGGUAUGCCAGUGACAUUUCAGAGAAGAAUGGUCAAUGUUUUUGAAGUGGAAGCUGUAUCUCUUGGGAAGCUGCAGAAGGUGCUGUUGCGCUGUGAGGCCAAUACCAAGCCCCAGUACUGGUACUGUGAUAAAGUCGUUGUCAGAGAAGCCUCCAGCGACUCAGAAUAUGUUUUCAAUUGUGAAAGGUGGCUUCCAGUUAUGUCCCAAGGUAUAAUCCAAUCAGAAAUUGAGCUGUACCCUCAAGAGUUUAAAAAAAAUCAGCAUCUGAAAAUUCAAGAGGCAAAUGAAGGAGACUGGAAGAUUACUGUAGUCACUGGGGAUUUUGAAACAGCUGGCACAACAGCAACAGUAUCCCUUUACGCUUAUGGAGAGAACAAAGCUUCUGGUCCUAUUAUUUUGGGAUCUGGGAAACACCAGCUGUUUAAUCCCAGCAGUGAAGAUACAUUUAAGAUUAAUCUUGGAGAUCUUGGGCAGCUAUAUAAAAUCCGCAUUGGCCAUGACAACACUGGAAAUGAUCCCAGUUGGCACCUGAAGGAAGUCAAACUUGAAAGAGUAGUCCCUCGUUCUGAUGAAGAGAUUUGUCUCCCCAUAGAGUGCUGGCUUGCAGAAGACAAGGAUGAAGGUGAUACGUGGAGAGAAGUGGCAAUAAGAAACCCUGCAAAGGAGCUUUUGCCCUUGUUGGUGUAUGAGGUCCGUGUAUACACAGGUGCUGAACUUGGUGCUGAAACAGAUUCCAACGUUUAUAUCAACCUCAUUGGGACAAGAGGAGAUGCUGGCAAAAGGAAGCUCCACAGAUCUAAGAAUAAUAAUGUAAAAUUUCAACGUGGAGAGAUGGAUAUUUUCUGGAUAAAGGCUGUCUCACUGGGAGACUUGGAGAAAGUUCUGAUUAGCCAUGAUGGAGCUGGUCCAGGCAAUGGAUGGUUCCUGGAUAAGAUUGUCAUCAAACAUAAAGAAGGAGAGGAAGCUCAGGAGGUUGUAUUUCCUUGUAAUAGAUGGUUAGACGAAUGCCAAGAUGAUGGGAAAACUGAAAGGGAGCUAACUGCCAAUGAGGAUGGCAGUUCAAUGAAGGCGUUCCUCAAAGCACAACGGUGGAGAGUGCAGGUUAAAACAGAUGGAGAUUCCCCAGAGCCACAGGAGUGUAAAAGGACCCUUGUGAUUUAUGGCUCUAAGGGCAAAAGUGAUGAGCUUCUGCUUUCUCCACAAACCCCUGGCUAUGUGUGCUUUCUGCCCAGAGCAACUGAUGAAUUCACUGUUGAGACUGGAGAUCUGGGAGACGUAUACAAGAUUCGAGUCAGCUGUGAUGAUGUGCCAGGCUUUGAGGGUUGGCAUCUGAAGUCUUUUUGCUUAGAAGAGUUACACACAAAACAAGAGCUGAACUUUGACUGUAACUGCUGGCUCACUCUUAACAGAGAAGACAAGGAGCUGGUGAAAGAAUUCCCUGCAGUCACCAAGGACCAGAAAACUUUACCAGUCUGUAAGUAUGUUGUCUCUGUGCAUACUGGCGAUCGCUGGGGAGCAGAGACUUUUGCAAAUGUUUAUAUCACUCUCUAUGGCAAAAGAGGGGACACAGGUGUGAGGAAACUUCAUACAUCUUUAACAAAAGGAAGAAAAUUUCAAAGAAAUAAGGUGGAUUCAUUUUUGGUGGAAGCUGUUUCUCUGAGUCAUUUGCAAAAAGUGGUCAUAGGACAUGAUGGAGAAGGCUAUGGGGCAGGGAUGUACCUCAAGAUGGUAACAGUCAAAGAAUCACAAGAUUCAGACAAAGAAUGGGUCUUUCCAUUGUGGAAUUGGCUUGAUACUCAUUUGGGCUUAUGUGAGACUGUUUGUGAGAUUGUAACAAUUGGUAGAAGAUUGACUCUUAGUCCUAAACCACCUGAAAUCAACAUGAAAUCAUCAGGUCUCUGGACAAUGGUUAUCACUGGGUCUGACUUGAGCAAUGAGGAGGAUCCAAUACGCCUUUCUUUUAUCUUCUACGGCAAUCUGAGUUGCAAAAAGUUACCGCUUCAAGUCACGGGGAAAACAAUGUGGAUCAAAGAUGAACUGGCAGAUAUUGGCUCAAUAUACAAAGUUCAGGUAACUGGCCCACAUAGUGAGCUAAAACAGCCAUGGCACUUAGAUUUACUGCAUAUGAAACACACAGGCACAAAGGAAGAGAUGUAUUUAGCUUUUGACUGCUGGUUCAACCCCAAGGAAGACAAAUGUGUGGAACUGCCGGCUCUCUAUGCAGAUCAGGAACCUUUGCCUGUUGUGGAAUACACAAUCCAUUUGCACACGGGAGACUUGAAGAAAGCAGAUGCCACUGGUGAGGUUUAUCUUUGUAUACAAGGAGAAAAAAGUUACUCCGGGAAACGAUGGCUUAACUCGAAAAAGAGUCUGAUCACUUUGGCAAGAGGGCAGGUGGGUAUUUUCAAAAUCAAAUCAGUAUACCUUGGCAAGUUGAAUCAAGUUCUGGUUGGAUUUAAAAGUCCAAAAAAAGAUGAGUGGUUCUUGGAAAAAAUUGUUAUAAAAGAAGAUUUCUACCCUUUUUCUGUGCAUGUUUUUGUUCACAACGGCUGGAUAAAUAAACGCUCCAAGAAAGAUUUUGUAGAAGUGGCAAUUCCACUCAAAGAAACAUCUGUGACAUCUCUUCUUGUGAAAAAUUUUGAUAUGAAAAGCAGAGGACGAUGGCAAACAUGGGUGCACUGUACACAAGUACCAGAAGAUUUUCCUGACAUUCAAAUUGUUGCAUUUGGUAGAAAAGGGAAAUCCCCUGCACAGAAAGUUCAAAAUCUGAGUGAUAAUCCUUUUUUGUUGACUGUUGGUGAUAUUGGAGAUAUAACAAAACUUUCCUUUAUAUUGUCCGGUCCAUCCCUGAGAAGAGGAAUUAAACUUCACAAGCUUCAGCUAAAAGACCUGGAUACUAAACAAGAGUUGGGCUUCCAUACUGAAGCCCCAUAUCUGUUUGGAGAAGAUGGAUCUGAGACUGUGACAGAGCUAGCAGCAGUCAGGCCAGACAAGCCACCACUCAGGGAAGUCCUUUACUCGAUCAGUGUUCAUACGGGAACAUUGCCUGCAUCAGAGACUGAUGCAAAUGUAUUUAUUACAGUAUUUGGAGAGCAGGGAGACUCCUGUAAAAGGCGACUAAGGCACUCGAAUUUUGAGAGAGGACAGGUUUGUAUUUCUGAAAUGAGAGCAGUAGACCUUGGACAGUUAAGCAAAGUCCUUGUUGAGCACCACAAUGUGGGUUAUGGAGCUGGAUGGUACCUGGACCAAAUUGUCAUCCAUGAAUCAGGCAAGGCUGAUGACCAAUAUGUAUUUCUUUGCCAACAAUGGUUAGACAGUGGAGUUGGUGAUGCACAGAUGAAACGAACAUUGAAACUUCUUGGAAAAGUCUGGAAUGGAAUGUUGACAGGAAAGAUUUAUGGGACUUGGGAUGUCCUUGUUACAACAAGUGAUAUUUCUUCUAAUUGCAUGAACCCUAAAAUGUCUCUAACUGUAUGUGGUGAAAAAGGAAGCUGUACUUCAGUGAUGUUCCCCAAAGGAUCCCUUAAAAAAGAACAGAUUUAUGAGACUUCUAUUGAACUAAGUAAGAAAUUUAAUACUAUAUUCAAAGUUCGCUUAGAAAUUGAAGAAGCUGGAGAAGGAGAAACUUGGCAUUGCCGUGAGGUAAAGCUUCAACACAGAGAAAGUAAAAAUAUUCUAGAAUUUCCAUUUUGUCACAACUUUGCUGAUGAAGAAGGAGGAAGAGUGACUGAGCUUCCAGUUCUCACAGCAGGAUCUCCUUUUCCAGCAGUGAAAAGCUAUGUUCUCUACAUCACCACGGGUGCUACCCCUGGGUCAGGAACAGAUGCAGAUGUAUAUGUCAUGCUGCAAGGCCCAUUGGGAGAUACUGGCAGAAGAAAGCUGAUCAGAAAAGGAGAUGACAAUUUCACUAAAGGAAAGGUGGAUGUUUUUCAAGUGGAAGCAGUAGAUGUGGGGAUUCUGCAAAGGAUGGUGGUUGAAAAAGGGAAAGGUUCUGACUGGCUACUGGAGAAGAUUAUUGUGAAAGAAUCAGCAUCUUCAGGGACUGAAACAUUGUUUAUGGCUCAUACAUGGCUUAAAGACAGACAUGAUGGAAAAAGAUCUGCCUCAGUAGCUCUGAAUGCCACAGGUCAAUACUAUCUUCAAACUAUCACUUGCUAA